AUGCCUCGUCAACAGAUCAACCUCGAACCAUACCGAGAUGAGAUCAUUGCUUUAUUUCAGCACGGCAUCAGUAGCGACUCAAUCAGUCGCACGUUAGAGAGCCGGUAUAAUCUCCAAGUCAAAGAACGCACCAUCCAGUCCCGGUUACGAAAGUGGGGUAUUCGCAAGCGACACCGAACCACUACGGCAGAUGAGACUCUUCAUGCACGAAUCAAAUUGCUGUUUGUACAAGACAGACUGACCGACAAGGCCAUGCUCAAGUUGCUCCAACAAGACGGUUAUGCCAUCUCCGAACGUACCUUACGCCGGCUACGAUUUCAACUAGGGCUCCAUGCCAGAGCUUCACUAGAGCAUGAUCGAGCCGACCGAGUCCUAGUCGUCGCCCAACAAGUCAUCCCCAUGGUGUAA